AUGAAUGAAAUGAUGAAAGAAGUUGAAGAGAAAGAAAUGAACAAAAGAAAAAUUAAAGAAAAUAUGAAGAAAGAAUGGAAUGAAAGAAAAGAAAGUGGAGAUAUUUUGAUGAGAGAAGAAGAAAGAAUAAAAGAAGAAAUUGAAACACAAUAUUCAACCACACCAAAUUAUCAAGAAAACAAAAUAUACAAUAUUAUUAAAGAAGGAUAUCAAAGAAUCAAAAAAGGAGAAAUUAUCAAUGAAAAAGAAUAUCAAGAAGAAACAAAGAAAUGUGGAUGGAGUGUUGGGAGUGAUUUAACAAUUAUUUCAAUGAUAAAGAAAUAUGGAAUAUGUAAUAAAAAAGAAAUAUAUCAUAAUCCAAUUAUUCAAUAUCAAAUAGAAGAAAUAAAUGGAAUUAGAAAUGAAGAAUGUUGUCAAAAAGUUAUUUCAGAACGAAUUAAAUAUAUUGUAGAAUUAAUAACAAUUAAAUGUAAAUUAUAA